AUGGCAGCUGAAAGGAAAUUGGCUGAUUGCAUAAGAAAGCGGAAGGCGCUAUUCGUUGUUCGAGAUUCCGUCGAAAAGUUUGUGACGGAGUUUGAUGAUGACGCCGAUGUAUUCCAGAUUCCUAUCCGCUUAGAGGCAUUGGAUCGAAGUUAUAGGCAAUUCAUCGAGAUUCAAGAAUCGAUCGAACGGUAUGAUGACGCUGAGACUUUUGAGACGCACCUAAGUGAGCGAGCUGAUUUCGAAACACGUUUUUGUAAGACAAAGGGUUUCUUGCUGAUGAAACGCGGUGAUGAUACACCUCCAGGGAUGAAUAGUACCGUCAUGCAAAAUGUUUCUACAUCAUCGUCAGCGUUCCAUCUUCGAUUACCGAAAAUUGAUUUACCCAAGUUUAACGGAGACUUUUCCCGAUGGUUGUCUUUCCGUGAUACGUACAGUUCCAUGGUGCAUUCGAAUGCAGAUAUACCGACGGUGGCAAAACUUCAGUACCUGUUGCAGUCUUUGGAGGGAGAGGCUCGAAAGCCAUUCGAAUCGGUGGACAUCAGCGCGGACAAUUAUGCUUCAACCUGGGAUGCCCUGCUAAAACGUUAUGACAACAAACGAUACUUGAAACGUCAGUUGUUUCGAGCAAUUUAUGACCUCCCACCGGUCAAGAAGGAAGAUUCUCAGGAGCUGCAUGACUUGGUAGAUGAAUUUCAGAGACACGUGAAGGCGUUAGCGAAGCUUGGAGAACCCAUAUGCCACUGGAAUACCCCGCUAGUGAAUUUACUGUCCUACAAGUUAGACCCUGCUACCCUACGAGCGUGGGAAGAAAUGACAUCGAAAGAUGAAGAUGUUACCUACGAACAGUUAAUUGAUUUCCUUUACCAGCGAGCUAGAAUGUUAAAAUCAUUCGUCACAGAUCUAGAACAAAGAUCAUCCCAUUCCGGCCUUACCAAGGUGGCCGGUUCCUUUCCGAAUCCGAAGAAGCAAUUUAAAUUAGCAAUGAAUGCAACCGCUAAAGUUCCCAACGCACCCCAGUGUAUCGCGUGUUCAGAGAAACACUUCCUGUUCCAAUGCCAAAUGUUUGCAAAGAUGCCCGUACGCCAACGACGAGAGUUGGUUUCCCAGAAACACCUUUGUUGGAAUUGUUUCCGCUCUGGACACCAAUCUAAGACCUGUACGUCCAAAUUCAAUUGUCGCACCUGCCAUGAAAAGCACCAUUCUCUGCUGCACGAGGUAGCACCCAUGAAGAUCUCUUCAACGCCGGCAAUCUUGCCAAACCAACGAAUCCAAGAACCAAUUUCAUCCGUGUCCAGUGUUAUGAAUUCCGGAUCAGCGAAUCCGAUUCCCCAAGCCAGUUUAUCGGUUCAAUCACCCCAAGGAAUAGUCCUGUUGCAAACCGUUUCCCUGCUAGUUGUAGACCAGAACGGCCAGUCACAUUCCGCUCGAGCGCUGCUCGACUCCGCAUCCAUGUGCAACUUCAUGACCAAGAAGCUUGCCAACGCACUCAAUCUCCGUCGCACAACAGUGGACAUUGCUGUCGCCGGUAUCGGUGAAGCUACAAAGCAGGUCAAGCGACAGUUGACUGCUACCAUACGUUCUCGAUCUCAAAGGUACACCACAACGCUUGAGUUUCUAAUCUUGAAACGACCCACGGUUAAUCUGCCUACCGUACCCAUCGAUACAUCCACGUGGAUGAUUCCCAAUCUUGAAUUGGCAGACCCCCGAUUCCAUGCAUCAACCGAGAUCGAUAUGAUCAUUGGUGGAGAAGUUUACCAUGAGCUACAUACUGGUAGCAAAUCCUCUCUAGGAGAAGGAUUACCGCUCGUAAUUGAGACCGUUUUUGGAUGGACCGUUGCUGGACCGGUAUCCGUCCAAACCACAAAAAUUCCUCAAGUCUGUCAUCUAACUACCGUAGAUCGUAAUCUAGAACAAGCUCUACAGAGAUUUUGGGAACUAGAGACUGUCGAGCCGUGCACCCUCUACUCUGCCGAAGAAUCUCAGUGUGAAAAUCUAUAUACCGCUACCACCACUCGCGAAUCGUCGGGUCGUUAUAUCGUUCGCUUACCACUUACCCAUGAUCCACUCGUGUCACUCGGAGAGUCACGCUCAAUCGCCGAACGCCGUUUUCUCAAUCUCGAAAGACGGCUAGAGCGAGAUCCGUCAGUUAAGGAAUCGUAUCACCACUUCAUGAGGGAAUAUGAAACCCUGCACCACAUGCGGAGAAUUAGCGAUCCAGUAGAUGAUUCCGUACCACACAGUUAUUUGCCACAUCAUCCGGUGUUCAAAGAAUCGAGCACAACAACCAAAACGCGUGUAGUGUUCGAUGCAUCGUGCAAGUCGUCUAGUGGGUUCUCUGUGAACGACAAACAACUAACUGGCCCAGUUGUCCAAGAGGAUCUACUAUCUAUCAUCAUGAGAUUUCGCAUUCAUUCCAUUGCCAUCGUAGCCGAUAUCGAAAAAAUGUAUCGACAGAUCCUACUCCACCCGAAUGACCGCCCAUACCAGCGUAUUCUGUGGCGCUAUAAACCAGAAGAUCCCGUUUCGACGUAUGAGCUGCAAACCGUGACGUAUGGCUUUACGUCUUCUCCGUUCUUGGCGACCCGUACGCUGAUUCAAGUUGCAACUGACAACAAAGAAAAGUAUCCAGGAGCCGCUGCAACAAUCCGGAGUGAUUUUUAUGUGGAUGACCUACUAUCUGGUGCGGACACAGUAGAAUCCGCAAUCCAACUCAGACGUGACCUGUCGGCGAUGCUGGCUGAAGCUGGUUUCCCGUUGAAAAAGUGGGCGUCGAACACACCCGAAGUUCUUGUCGGAGUACCCCCAGAGGAUUUAGCCGUUGCUCCAGUUGUAGAUCUCCACGAUGAGCCAUCGGUUUCUACCUUAGGACUCACCUGGGAACCGAGGAAUGACACCUUUCGCUUUAAAGUACAGAUGCCACUUCCCGCUUCCGUGCUAACAAAAAGAUUGAUUAUGUCGUAUAUUGCCAGAAUAUUCGACCCACUAGGGUUAGUAGGCCCUAUCAUUACGGUUGCCAAGCUGUUCAUGCAGCGCCUGUGGGCAUUGAAAAUGCAUGAUGGCAAUUCUUACGAAUGGGAUCGUCCGCUUCCUUCUCGACUGCAGUCAGAAUGGAAGCAAUGCCAUGGAACAUUAGACGUCAUCACUAAUGUUCGUAUACCACGCUUUGUAUCCUUGGUCAACGCGGCGACUAUCCAACUUCAUUUCUUCUCCGAUGCGUCGGAAAAGGCUUACGGAGCCUGCUGCUACGUGCGAUCUGAAUCCGCUGGAAUAGUUCGGGUUCACCUGUUGACGUCGAAAUCCAAAGUAGUUCAUUUAUCGAAACCGCAAACUAUUCCCCGUUUGGAGUUGUGCGCCGCUAGUUUAUCCGCUAGCCUGUUCAAGAAGGUAGAACAUUCGCUGAAGAUAUCGCACAGUGCACAAGUUUAUUUCUGGACAGACUCGUUGACCGUCCUCCAGUGGCUACGCUGCAGUCCCUCUCGUUGGAAAACCUUCGUAGCCAAUCGAGUGUCGUCGAUUCAGGCUACCACCGAAGCCUACACCUGGAAUCACGUUGCAGGGAUGUGUAAUCCAGCUGACGCUAUAUCCCGGGGCGUAAAUCCAUCCGAAAUUCUUGAUCAUCCGCUCUGGUGGCACGGUCCUCAGUGGUUAUCCCUGCCACCAACACAAUGGCCUGUCACAGACCUACCAGCUCCGAAUCCUAUCGUAAUGCCAGAAGCACGAAGUAACGUCGUCGCCAUACCGGUAGUAAGUACCGACAAGCCCUUCGCUGAGGAACUCUUUAGUCGAUUCUCCAGCUUUACAAAACUUCGCCGUACCAUCGCAUACUGCAUGCGAUAUUUUCGCGCACUUCGAGCGUGCAAACAACAAACCAAACUAGAUCCAUUUGAAACGUUAUCCACCGUUGAUCUGCAAGAAGCAGAUAUAGCAUUAUGUCGCCUGGCACAGCGUGAAAUGUUCCCGAAUGAAUUAGCAAACCUCAGUUCAAACAAACGUGUUUCACAAUCUUCACCACUAACAUGGUUAAAUCCAAUCCUGACUAAAGAAGGCAUCAUACGGGUUGGUGGUAGACUCAGUAAUGCCAAUAUUCCAGACGACGCCAAGCACCCGAUUGUACUCCGAGCAAACCACAGAUUGUCAAUGCUUAUAGUUGAAUUCUACCAUCGAAGUCUACUACAUGCCGGCCCGCAGCUGACUCUUGCCACGAUCCGCCAAAGGUUUUGGCUUCUAAAUGGUCGCAAUCUUGUCCGACGUGUGUAUCACCAGUGUCAUACCUGCUUCCGAUGUAGGCCAACGUUAGUACAACAAAGUAUGGCCGACUUGCCGUCAUCCCGAGUGACGCCCGCCAGACCAUUCUCCGUUAGCGGGAUCGAUUAUUGUGGCCCCGUAUACUUGAAAUCACCAGUCCGAAAUCGAGCUCCAGUGAAAGCAUAUAUUGCCAUUUUUGUGUGCUUUGCGACACGUGCCGUACACAUUGAACUCGUCUCCGAUCUGUCCACCCAAGCGUUUUUAGCCGCUCUACGCCGUUUCGUUGCCCGGCGUGGUAAACCGUGUGAGAUUCACAGCGACAACGGCACCGCAUUUAAGGGAGCAGCAAAUGAACUUCAUCGAAUCUUCGAGAUGUGGAAGGUUAAUCUGAAAGACCGAAGGCAGAUCUUGAACUGGCUUAUGGACAAUGAAAUAAAAUGGUGUUUCAUCCCUCCGCGGGCUCCCCACUUUGGCGGUUUGUGGGAGGCAGCCGUCAAGUCCGCCAAAACCCAUUUGCUGAGAGAAAUUGGCACUACCAAUGUUCCACAGGAAGACAUGUGUACCCUGCUUGCACAAAUUGAAAUGUGUCUGAACUCUAGACCUCUCACACCCCUCCCAAACGACCCAUCCGAUUUGGCAGUGUUGACACCAGGGCAUUUCUUGAUUGGAACCAGCUUUCAAUCUGUUCCUGAGCGCAGCAUUCAACACGUUCCAGACAACCGAUUGUCGCAUUGGGAAGUGACGCAGAAACGCUUUCAAAGAAUCUGGUCAAGAUGGUAUCCGGAAUAUCUCCAACAGCUUCAAUCACGAGCCACCAAGGGCUGCAAGCAACCCGUUAGCAUCGAGCCUGGCAGAAUUGUAAUCAUCAAGGACGAUAAUUUACCGCCACUUCAAUGGCCCCGCGGAAAAAUCCUGAAAACGCAUCCUGGCAAGGAUGGCAUAACCCGUGUGGUCACCCUCAAAACAGCAACGUCAGAUGCCGUUAUCAGACCCGUUGCUAAAAUAGCAUUGCUUCCAGUUCCGGACUUCCCAAACUCUGCUGACCGUGAAGGAGACCUGGUAGAGCAUGCCAAAUGA